AAUUUUUGUUUCAGCUCUAGUUCACAACUCAACUUGCUGCAAACGCGUUUUUUUUUGUUGUAAAAAUCUAAAAUACAAGAAUUAGGAUUAGUUAACUCGCUCCUAGUGUUUAACCAAGUACACCUUUAGUUAGCUUUACGGUUAGUUUCCCGUGGCGAAGGCGGCGACAUUGGCAGCAAAUUGCAUAUAAUAAUUACCUCUCGGCAACCGCAGUUGAGCAAAGUAAAAGAAAAGAAGAGAAGUUUGCAAGAGGCGUGUGAGCGUGACGAAAAGAGCGAGAGAGCAGAAAGGGAUUUGAACAGGACAAGAGGAAAUAGCAACGGAUCGAAACAGAGCAGGGAAAAAUCGAAGAGGCUUCGAAAACCCACAAAACCUCCAAAACCCGACUGGCUGGGGACCAAAUGUCAAAUUGCGGCGCAUAAAUACAUAAAUUGAAGCCCCCCGCACAAGUCAGGCUCAUCCAAAAUUACACAUACACUCACACACAAGGCAGCAGUUGUCGCAACAGGAAAAAAGAAUUUAUUGGACGAUGUACGCCGGAGCAUAUGCACCCAACGCCGGCGGCGUUCAACAACACACGGGCGGCGGUUACUAUGGAAAUGGUGCCGCAGCAGCUGCUGGAGGAGGCGGUAACGGUGCCCCCCGACACGACCGUCCCUAUUAUCCGCGCAGUAAUUUUGCCGGCGCCGCCGGUGGAGCGGCACUUAAUGGAGCAGCUGGUGCCGCUGGCGGCAUGCACUUCGGCCAGCCGUACGGCGUGAUGGCCUACGGCAUUCAGAAUGGCCUGGGAAUUCGCGCUGCUGGCGCCGGUGGCGGUAAUCCUUAUCGCCAGCAAAACGGUGUCGCCUUUGCCGGAAACGGGCUUGGAGGAGCCCCUGGUGGAGGUGUUGGUGGAGCAGCUGGUCAAGGAGGUGCCGGCGGCAAUGGCGGUGGCUAUGGCGGACCGCGUGGAAAGAAUCCCAAUUACGCACAGCGCUACCAAAAGCCGCAUAACGGCGGCGGUGGUGGAUAUCAGAGCAAUAACUACAACGCAGCCGCUUUGGGCAUGCUGUCCAAGGAGGAGCGAGCCGAAAUCCAACGCGAGAAGGCCAAGAACCCUGGUCGCAAUCUGGUCAAGCCUAUGUGGGAGAACCUGGAGCCAUUCCACAAGGAUUUCUACAACAUCCAUCCGAAUACGCUGGCCAAAACCGAGCAGCAGGUGGCCGAAAUACGUCGCGAACUGGAGAUUACCGUAUCGGGCAACGAACUGCCGCAUCCGGUGGUCAGUUUUGAGGAGAGCUCGCUGCCCGCCCACGUCAUUGAGGAGAUGAAGCGCCAAGGGUUCACCAAGCCCACGGCCAUCCAGUCACAGGGUUGGCCCAUCGCUCUAAGUGGCCGCGAUCUGGUGGGCAUUGCCCAGACCGGUUCCGGAAAGACACUGGCCUACAUGCUGCCGGCUAUUGUGCACAUCGGCAACCAGCCGCCAAUUCUGCGCGGCGAAGGACCCAUCGCUUUGGUGCUGGCACCCACGCGCGAGUUGGCCCAGCAGAUCCAGUCGGUCGUGCGCGACUAUGGCCAUUUGUGCAAGCCCGAGAUUCGUCACACUUGCAUCUUUGGUGGGUCAUCAAAGGUGCCGCAGGCACGUGAUCUUGACCGCGGCGUUGAGGUGAUCAUUGCCACACCGGGAAGAUUGAUUGAUUUCCUCGAGAACCGCAACACAAACCUACAGAGGUGCACCUACCUUGUCCUGGACGAGGCCGAUCGUAUGUUAGACAUGGGCUUCGAGCCGCAGAUCCGCAAGAUCAUCGAACAAAUUCGCCCCGACCGACAGGUGGUCAUGUGGUCAGCGACCUGGCCCAAGGAAGUGCAGGCCCUCGCCGGUGACUUCCUCAACGAUUACAUCCAAAUUAACAUCGGCUCGAUGAGCCUCUCUGCCAACCACAACAUCCGCCAGAUCGUCGAGAUCUGCACUGAGAUGGAGAAGCCGCAGCGUUUGGUACGCCUACUCAAAGAGAUAACUCCGACCAACAAUUCGGCCAACAACGGCAACAAGAUUAUAAUCUUUGUGGAGACCAAGAUAAAGGUGGAGGACAUCUUACAGAUCAUCCGUACCGAAGGCUACACCGCCACCUCUAUUCACGGUGACAAGACCCAGAACGAGCGUGAUUCCGUGCUGAAGGAUUUCCGUAAUGGCAAGUCUAACAUUUUGAUUGCCACCGAUGUGGCCUCACGUGGUCUUGAUGUGGAGGAUCUGCAGUACGUGAUCAACUAUGAUUACCCUAACUCCUCGGAGAACUAUGUGCACCGCAUCGGACGCACUAGACGCUGCCAGCAGCUGGGCACUGCCUACACAUUCUUCACACCCGACAAUGCCAAGCAGGCGCGGGAGCUGAUCUCCGUGCUCGAGGAGGCCGGCCAGACGCCCUCGCAGGCUCUUUUGGAUUUGGCCCGUUCGAUGCCCAGUUCGGGCGGCUAUCGCGGCAACAAGCGCUGGAACAACAAUGGUGGCGGUGACCGCAACUCUGGCGGUCACAACGGCGUCUAUCAGCAGCGCAACAACAACCCACUGAACUACCAAGCGGGCAACAGCUACAACAACAACCGUGGUGGUCCACCAACUGGCGGUGGUGGUGGUGGCUAUCAGCAGUAUGCCGCUGGCGGCAAUACCUAUCAGCAGAAUGGAGGCGGUAACGGAGGCGGUGGCAACUGGAACCGCAUGAACCAAAUGGGACAGGAUAACGGCAGCGGCGGGCAACAGCAGCGAAAUGGCAACACCUACCGGCCGAGGGCGCCAUUCAACAAUGGAGGACCACGUGCCAUAAUGGGUCACCAGGGAGGCGGCGGUGCUGGCGGACUGGGCGGAGCCGGAGGCGUGAGCGGUGGCCCCCAGCCGCAUAUGGCACCCCAGCAGGGCGGCCAAUACAUGCCGCAGGCGUAUCGCAGUCGUGGACAGUUUGUGCCUCAGGGAGCUGGAGCUGGUGGCAUGCCGCCGCGUUUCCAGCAGUAUCCCAAGCGAGAGUACCAGCAGCAAGGAGUCCCGCACUACGGUCAGCAGCAGCAACAACAACAGCAGCAGCAGCAGGUACAGCAGGCUGGCCAACAGCCCAAGCCGCCGAAGGAUGAUGGCAACAAGUAUGCCCAAGCGCCGCCACCGGCUGCGGUAACCACUUCGCUGGUGCAUUACACGCCGGCCAACUCGCCGCCGAUUGCGGCCGUUGCUGCUGCCGCUGCCGCAGCGGCCGGAAGGGCAGCCGCAGUUGCCCCGGCACCAGGAGCCGCUUACAUGUACGAUGCAGCUGGAGUUUUGACCACGGCCGCGGCGCCCGGUACCAAUCCAUAUGCCAAUCAGUUCAGCAUGCCGGCCACCUACUAUGCGGCCCAGCAUCAUCAGUUUGCCCCGGCAGUGGCUGGUCCUGGACCAGGACCUGGCCAGGCCAUCGAGCAGGCAGGACAUCAAUAAGGGGACUUGCGGGAAUAGCAGGAAGGUGGAUCGUGGAUUGUGGAUCGUGGAGAGCUAAAAACAACAAAACCAACAACAGCUUUAGCAACAACAAAAACAACACCAAUGACGUGGACAAACCAACAAACAACAACAACAAAAACAGCAGUUAACAAACAAAAUCAGUCAUGAAGAAAUCCAAGUGCAUAUGAGACGGGACAGGAAGAAGGAAUAUUAAUUUGCCAACAUAAAAGAGCACAGUUAAUCUUUAAAUUCGAAGCGAAAAAACUUGCCCAAUUGUUUUUUAUUUUUCUCACCCACUACUACCACUAUUAGCAUCUUUUGUGUCCUCCUCUUUCGCUCGUUCAAGCUGGCUCAGUUUGUGUCUGCGAUCGAAUUUGACCUCUAAACAACCCCUCCGACUUUUCAUUUGUUACUGUUCUUUGGGCAAACUUUGUAUAAACAGUACCAAAAAUUAAUAACCAGGCGCACUGGAAAUAUCACCGAAAUCGAAACCCUUUGUUUUCCAAAAAGGUAAAACCCAACAAAAACAAGUGAACGCCUCGAAAGUGAGAAAUUAUUGUAGUUUUUAAGCUUUUCCACCUACACUGACAGCAUGUUCUUCGAAUGUUUAAAAAGAAAUAGGUAGGGCUAUUAUCAUUUCUUUUCCGCCAGGCAAAAACAAGCAAAAUUAAAACUAGACACAAACAGACACUGUUAGUUAAGUGAUAUAUAUAUAUAUUCAUGUGUAUUAAUUUUUACACGAAGCUAAAAACACAAGAAAACACAAGCACGCAACCAAAAAAAAUUUCAUUUGAAUUCGAAAAUUGUCAAACACAAAAAAAGGGAUGGUAAAAACUCUUAUAACUAACUUGGUUGGAAUGAAAUGAACGGUUUGCUUAUAAUAACUCAUAUUUCAAUAUGUUUAAUUAUUUUAUAUACAUAUAUAUUCAUGCGAAAUUUGCAACAAACAAUUACAACAAAGGAAAAACUGACCAAAUUCAACACAAAUUCCAUUUAUAAAAACGCAGCCAACGAUUGAAAUAUAUAAUACACCAAGAUGUUGGCCUAAUCCAAAAUAGCAUAGAAAGGGAAUGGGCAGCGCUGCUUUGGUAGGAAGUAUGUUGAUUUAAAACUAACGAAAAACAAUCGAUAAUAUAAACAAUUUAAGCAAUGGGAGGACACUCACACAGCCACAUAGAACCCACACAAGCACAUGGCACACACAACCACACCUACACACGAACACUAUAAGGACAAGCAAAUUUACAAUUAUUAUUUAAUUUCCCAUUUUGAUACAUAUAUGUGUGUGUACUCUAUAUAUAUGUAUGUAUAUGUAUAUGUAGAUUCGAGCUUGAUUUUUAAUGGAGAUUAAAACAAAAAGUUAUUUUGUUUAAGACACUAUGUAAUUCGAUAAGAAUCCCCCUAACACAACAUUCGCAAAAUUAACGAGAUUUUUUCAAAAGUUCUAUGCAAAUACUUGAAAAUAAAAUACAAUUACAUUUUUCAAUUAUUCCAAGACCAAAGAACAGAAGCAGUUGAAAAAGAAGAAAGCGAAGAAAGAAAAGACGCCACAUUCAUCCAUAAAAACAAGAAAAGCGAACACGAAACAAGAGGAAUAGAAGGAGGAACACAAAACAAGGGUAGAAGAUCGAAUAAUGCCAAGCAAUGCCACACGAAAAUAAUGAUAAUAAUAAUACAGCAAACAUAAUGCAUACUUCUGACUAUUCCAAAAUGCUAUUUUCCGUUUCCACAAAUGUUUAUUUUUUGUUUUGUAUUUUUCUUUUUUGUGAUUGCCCGAUUAAUUUCCUCUUCCGAAUACUUUUGGCCAGAGUUCAGUACGAGUUAAAUAGGUAGUAGUUAUCUUAAUUGGCAGCUCCAGUUAUAUAGUUAGCAGUAAUAUAUCCAAAUAUCGUCUGUCCAAGCAGUUGUCCAUGUUGUUGCAAGCAGUACGUUGUCCUUCGCCAUGGGAAAGCAGUACAAAGAAUUUUGGAAAACGUAACGGACACAAGGGAAUAUUCUACAGAAAAAAAGUGUGAGAAUACAAAACAAAUAGAUGAAAAUCAUGUAGAUUAUAUUAUAUAUAUAUUUGUUAGCCGAUCAAGGGGAGUGAAAGGAACGUUUCUAAUAACUUGUUUUUAAUUAGUUUUCUACGUGAACGGUUUCCUUUUUAGCAAAUAAAUCAAUCUGGGAAAAAUAGAGGGAAUAUUUAUAUAUGGUAUAUCGUCAACACAAGGAUCUCUUUUUGAAGUAAAGGGGCAAGACUUUUUCAUAGACCUAUAAUUCAUAAAGAGGAAAGUCAAUAUUUAGCUCAUUUCAUAUUUGGAUUUUUCUUUUGGGGGUUUUAAUUUCCUUUCAUACAUUUUGAAAAUCAUUGGAGACGGGAACGGGAACUAUAUCUGAAUAUUAUUUUUUGUAUGUACUCUAGGCGUAUACGCAAUGUUACCAAGUGAAUUAAAUGUUUAAUUUUUAUAGUUUCCUACUUUUUAAUUAUGAUUUCGAUGCAACCGAAUUGUGAUGAUGUGAUAGACUUAUAUAAACAAACGAAAAUACAAAAAUACUAAUUAAUAACCAAUUUAAAUGAAGUAAACGCAGCGCCCCCAAAAAGGCCAGGCCAAAUAAACUGAAGCAGAGCCAGCUGAAAACUGAAGCUGAAUCGAUAUCAGUAUCUGAAUCAGAAGAUAAAUAUGAAUAUAUGUUAUGUAUUUGUAUUAUUGUCAUUGUCGUUGUCGCUUAUAGACAAUGUCUGAUGGCUACAAUAUAAUGUAUUAUGGAUGACUUGAGGCAUACAUUCUUUUUUUGAAGAAAUAAAACUAUAGAGCGCGAUAUUUGUAUUGUAUUUAUCUAUAAGUUGUUGUGUACACACUGCGAGAAACAAACAAACCAAACAACAAACUAAAAAAAGCAAAAAAAAAAACACGGAAACACACAAAAUCAAAACAAAACAAAAACGAGAAAAAAAAAGAGCAAAAGAAGUUGAAACUGAUAAAAUUUAAGAGUAACUGAAACCGAAAGCUUCAACUAAAGGAGGGGGACGCGGAGAAUUCGUAGUUCCCUUCACUCUUUUGAGGCAAGUCCUUCGUUUAUGUCCUAAUCGAUCGCUCUAUCUCUGUCUCUCUAUCUCUCAGCCCCUCCCCCUAUACGAUAUAUUUCUCGCUCGCAGUCUCUUCUUAAAACGAUAGAUUUAAAACGAUAGAAAUUCGCAUAUACAUAUAUUUUUGAAAGUAUAGAAUUGCAACUUUUGAAAAAAUGCAACCAAAAAAUAAAGAAAGACUAAAGCCAAAAACAAAAUGAAUUCAAUUGUUUGAAGCAAGAACAAGAGAAUAACGGAGAAAUGAAACAAAGUGCCGUUAUUUCGAUAGUUUGUAAAGCUGUUUAAUUUAUUUUUUGUCUAUUUCGUUUACUUAGAGAACUGAAAAUCGUUUACACAAACAACCCACACACUACACACGAGUUUUUGGUAUACAUAGUUUUUUUUUUGCGUUUGUUUUACUUUUUAUUUGUUUCGUUUUAAGCAUUUCGUUGGUUAACUAAAAUACAUAUAUGACAUACGUGUAUAUAUGUCGUAGGCGAUAAAGUCAAUGCAUUUACCGUUACGGUGCGACACGCACAAGUGCCAAAAAUGCAGAAACACCCGGCACAUCCACGCACUCUUUCACACACACACAACACCCCACACUGACAACAGUAACACACACAAAUUUCUUAUAGAUAAUACAAACACAAACAAACAUAUUGCAUAUUUACAGUGGGCAAAAAGGGUUUUAGUGCGCUUUGACUUAAUGCCCAUUGUUUAUGCGAGACCUACAGAACAAGCAUACUUUUAAGCGCCAAAGUUAGGAGCGGCUUUUGAGGGUUCUUAAUAAAAAUUACAAAAAUAUGAAACCAUUAAACAGACUUGUUGGGCAAAAAGAUUUAGCAGAAGCAGCCAGAUCGUAAGUUAUAAGCUAAAUUUGCCUUUGGCAGAAGGAACUAACCUAAAAGUAAUAAAAUGUUUUAACCAAAACCCAUUGUGAUAACAGCUGCGUAAACGAAACACAUUAUAAUCUUUUUUGUAUUUCGAUUGCAAUUCGAUAAAAACGGGGAUAUCCCACUAAGUCCUUAAUAAAAUAAAUUCAAUCAAAAGAAAGCAAGCCAACAAUUUAUCCAAACUAGUUUUAAAACGAAUACAAAACUCACCCAGCCGCACAUACACGUAUUUUAUUAAUUUGAAAAGAAAACUUCUCUUGAUUUUCAUUUGUUGUGUUGAUCAAUGCAAAUUUUAGCGAAAACAAACAGAGAAAAACCAGAAGAAUCAACUGCAAAUUCUUAGCCAUUUCGAAGGAGCGUGCAUUUAGAUCACAUUACAUCAAAUAUAUACACUUGCAUAUAUUUAAAGAAAAACAUUUAAAUAAAUUCUAAAUAUUACCAUAGAUUACUUACACAAAAUGCAACUGAAGAAUCAGACGAUUUAUAUGCAUACAAGAUAAUGCAACCUAAUAAACGAGGAGCCAAGCAAACGCGUUUGAAUAAAUGUUUGCAGCUUAAGCUAAGUUAGCACACACAAUAUUAUAUUAAUUAUAAACGAUAUAGAUAUGCAAUAAAAUGCAUAUAUUUAUAAUGCACCGCCCCCUCUAUUUAUCCGUCGUAAAAGAAAAGAAAACCUAGACGGAAGAGGGGCUGAAACUAACGAAGAAAAUAAAAUGUAAUCAAUUUACCUAUCUUAUACUAGGUUAUACGAACCCAUAAAAAUAAUCCUGUACCCAUCUAGAAAAGGGACAAUUAUUCUUCCCCGCCCAUCGCCCCAAAUCCCAAAUGUUAAACACGUAAAAACGCAUAAUUAUGAAAUAUGUAAUGGAAAUAUUUACAAAAAAGCGAAAUAUCUUCUAUGUAACAAAUAAACGCCAACAAAAAUCACUUUUAAA